ACCUGGUGUUCAUUAAAUCUGGUCUUUCUGGAGCAAGAGUCUUAAAAGGGGGGCAACACAGCUUCUUUUGAUUCUUCUGUAAAACACAAAACCUGCUGCAAACUUCUGAGCUAUUUCCUUUUUUUCCCCAGUGUGAAAGGAUGAAGCCUAUUGAAGUAACCUCACCUUGCUGACUCAGCUAGUCAUAAAUGCAACAGAGCUUCACAUCAGACUGUUCCUCUGAACUACUCUAGGCAAAAAGGGAUGGAGACACAUGAGCAUGAGGAAAGUAAACGGGUCACUGAGACAUGAGCAUGAGGAAAGUAAACAGGGGUCUCUAAUAUCUGGAAAGAAUCUCUAGCAUCUAGAAGAAAAAUCUGAUUCACUGUGAAAAGUUCAAAAGGAAGAAUAAAGAGGCAGAAAAUCUUCUAGAAUUGUGUUCCCAUCAGCAUGUUGAGAUGGAAAGCAGGUGUGAAAGUAAAGAGCUUGAUGUUGAAAUAAGGAACCUGAUAGAGAGGAGUGGUGUUUCCAAGUCGUGUGAGGACUCUGAACUUAUUGCCCAAGGGAGUCUGAACCACCAGAGGACUUCAUGUUCCCCUAAGAUCCACUGUGAGACGAAUGCUCAAGGCCGUCUUGGAAGCACAUGGGCAGACAUGAGUGAGAUGGAAGCUCCAGCAGACCUGCCAGAAUCAAAGCAAGGAUUACCAAACAAACAGAAGACUCUAUUAGCCAACUCUCAGGAACGACAUAUCCUCUCACUGGAAAGACAGAGACAAGAGCUUCUGGAGGUGAACAAGCAAUGGGAUCAUCAAUUUAGAACCAUGAAACAGCUUUAUGAAAAACAGCUGGCAGAAGUGAAAGCAAAACUGCACGUGUCAGAGAAGAGAGUCAGUGAGCUGGAGGAAGAAAGACAUCGACAUCCUCCAGAGAAGGAGAGGUUGCAGAUCCUGGACAGAGACACACCAUCACAGGAAAUGAAAGAAACAAAGGUCCUCAGUGAAGCCCUGCAUGAAAUGAAGGAAGAAAACAAGCUCCUGAAGCAGAAGAAUGCAUCAAUGAUAAGAAAACAAGAGCACUAUGAGUGUGAAAUAAGUCGUCUCAACAAGGCCCUUCUGGAUGUGUUGAAAAAGAACUCGUCUGUUCUUAGGACUCCUUCAGAGACUGGUGACAAGAACAGCUUUGGUGACAUGAGAACCCAACUUGAAGUUCUCAGACAACAGGUACAAAUAUAUGAAGAGGACUUCAGAAAGGAGAGAUCUGACAGAGAAAGACUUAAUGAGGAGAAAGAAGCAUUGCAGAAGGCUAAUGAGAGAUUACAGACUCAACUGAAUAAACUAAACUCACAGAUGAAGACCUGUCUGAAAGGAAAGGAACCACAAGAAAGGCAGUUACAGCAGCAGACAAAAGAUAUUCCAGUACAGUCCAAGAGGCUCACCUACCCACCUCCGCUAUUUCUCUCCCCGUGUGUUAAUUAUGGGAGUUGUGGGUUGCUUCUUCACUAUCAAGAUCCUCGAGUCCACCGAGUGUCUCGCAGAGCACAAGAACAGCAGCAGCACUCGCCAGACUAUCAGUGGUAUGUUCCUGACCAGUUUCCUCCAGAUGUUCAGCACAAGGCAAAGGAUUCAUCAUCAGAGAAAGGAGCCCAUCACUGACAGCCUUUGACCUGAAGAUGUGUACACCCAAGACUGCAAGCUAGUCUUGCAAUUUCAUUAUUUGGUUUUGUUCUGUUUUUCUUUUGGUGUUUUUUUUUUUUUUUUUUUUUUUUUUUUGGUCCCAGCUCCUUAUCUCUUCAGGCAUGUUAUUUAUGCCUUGUGAAAUCCCUGUGAGGACAAUAGAAAAGCUGAUUGUUCAGGCUAGAGAUCCUCACAAUCCACUUAAAACUCCACUGGGAAGCGUUAAUGCCCUUUGUUCUGAAAAUGCUGUUUGUGCUGGCUAUUUGUUAAGAAGCCUUGUGAUAAAAGAUGGAGCUGUUGCUGGGGCUUUGGAAGACAGUUGCAUCUGGUUUGAAUUCAAGAGUUUCCAGCUCUAUAGCGUUGUGAUUCUUUCUGUUUAACAAUUGUAAUUGUUUUUAUUUGAUUCCUGGGAAUGAUUUGUUUAUGGUACCAUCUUGAAUUCUGUAGGUUUUCUUGGUUGUGUGUAAAAAAGGAAAUGCACUUCACUGUUUUAACAUGUUUGUGCAAUUGGAAUCAGGUGCCAUUGAUGUUAGGCCAGGCACAUGGUGCCUAUUCCCAUUCUGAGUCCAGGCCAGCCCUCCUUUCAAAACAAUAAUUCUUUUUCUAUUCAUACUUAUUUGUAUCUGUAUAGUUUUUGUGUAAGUAUUUCAUGAGCUUAACUUCACAGUGAAAGCUGAUUUAUAUUUCCAAAGACUUCUUGCAAAGAAUCCCACUGCAAUGAAUCUGAACAUUGUCAUGUGACUUCCAAUCAGAGAAUAAAGCCUGGAUUUCUAAACAAAAUUGUAUUACGA